GCCUUGGGCGCCGCAGUGAGGCCGGCUGGCGCUCCCGGUUGGAGCAGGCCUUCCCAGUUGCGACCCGGCUCCAGCUCCCGCUCCAAACGGACCUCCUGGCGGGCCGGACCCUGCAGUAGCUCCAGAGCCGCCUCGGAGAGCGCGCCUCCUCCCCCCGCCGCCGCACACUCUGCAGCCGCGUCCUUCACCAGAGCUGGCCGGAGCCUAGCUGAUGAAUCUGGGGACGACAGACUUCCAAGACAGACCGAGGUUUAGGGCCCAGCAGAGGAUAGCUCAGCGAUGGCUCCCAUUUUUGGAGACGCAGGCAAAUUUGAGCUCCCGGGAAGGUGUGGUCGACUCCUCUGUCUUUGCCUCCGUAGCCCGUGCUUCUGCAGAGUGAAUGGAGUGUCUGGAGCAGGGCCCUGACCGUCGCUUCUUGGCAGCGGACAUGCUUAGGAAGGUGUCCAGGAAGGGCCUCUGUUACAGAUUGUCUUUGCUUCUGGGGCAGCGGCUAUGAGUUGCCCGAUUUCCAAUGACCGGGAAGUCCGGGAAGUCUGCCUUACCUUUUCUGUGCUCCUGGAGGGGCAUCUUGCUCACUUGUUUACCAGCAGCUGGGACAAGGAAGAGAAAAGAAAUGAGCCGUCAGACUGCAACAGCAUUACCUACUGGAACCUCAAAGUGUACACCGUCCCAGAGGGUGCCUGCCCUGACUGGCACAACUGCGUCCAACAAUGACUUGGCGAGUCUUUUUGAGUGUCCGGUCUGCUUUGACUAUGUGUUACCACCCAUUCUUCAAUGUCAGAGUGGCCAUCUCGUUUGUAGCAACUGUCGCCCAAAGCUCACAUGUUGUCCAACUUGCCGGGGCCCAUUGGGAUCCAUUCGCAACUUGGCUAUGGAGAAGGUGGCCAAUUCAGUACUUUUCCCUUGUAAAUAUGCCUCUUCUGGAUGUGAAAUAACUCUGCCACACACAGAAAAAGCAGACCACGAGGAGCUCUGUGAGUUUAGGCCUUAUUCCUGUCCGUGCCCUGGUGCUUCCUGUAAAUGGCAAGGCUCUUUGGAUGCUGUGAUGCCCCACCUGAUGCAUCAGCAUAAAUCCAUUACAACCCUGCAGGGAGAGGAUAUAGUUUUCCUUGCUACAGACAUUAAUCUUCCUGGUGCUGUUGACUGGGUGAUGAUGCAGUCCUGUUUUGGCUUUCACUUCAUGUUAGUCUUGGAGAAACAGGAAAAAUACGAUGGUCACCAGCAGUUCUUUGCAAUUGUACAGCUGAUAGGAACACGCAAACAAGCUGAAAAUUUUGCUUAUCGACUUGAGCUAAAUGGUCAUAGGCGGCGAUUGACUUGGGAAGCAACUCCUCGAUCUAUUCAUGAGGGAAUUGCAACAGCCAUUAUGAAUAGUGACUGCCUAGUCUUUGAUACCAGCAUUGCACAGCUUUUUGCAGAAAAUGGCAAUUUAGGCAUCAAUGUAACUAUUUCCAUGUGUUGAAAUGGCAAUCAAACAUUUUCUGGCCAGUGUUUAAAACCGUUGCAUUCAAUUUCGCAGAGAAUAAGGCACCCAUCUGCCUGCCAACCUGAACCUGUCGGUAGGUGGAGGCUAGACACAUGAAGGUAAAUAAAAGGAAAGGCUGUUAAAUACAGGAAGCAGUUGCAUGUAGUAACACUAAUAUAUUUAAAAAUAAGUCAACAGUAAACCACUGAAAAAAAAAAUAUAUAUAUAUACACCCAAGAUGGGCAUCUUUUGUAUUAAGAAAGGAAGCCUUGUAAAAUAAUUCUGAAUUUGUGUUCAUUGUAGGUCGAGUGUACUGUUGAAAAAUAUUGGGGUUUUUGUUUUUUGUGUGCGCGCGAGUUUGCGUGUGUGCGUGUGCGUAUUUGUUUUUUUUUCCUUUAACUGACAAGCCAUGUUGAGUGGUCUUGGACCACUGCUUUUCCCCUUCGUGAGUCAAUACAUAGUGCUGCUGUGUGUGUAUAUUUUUUGUGUGUGUAUUUGCUAAUUUUUAUUAAUUCUAGUUUUUCAUUAAAUAAAUUUGACUUUCUUUUCUGUAA